AUGGCUGCUAGGAAGGGAGGCAGGCCGACCCUCAGUCAGGGCCUGGACCGUGAGGUCUACCAGAUCGUGCGCAAGAUUAUCGACGACCAGUCCGAGACUGGGCGCAUCCGACUAUCGGUCCCAGCGAUUUAUGACACAAUUAAGAAAUCAAACUCAAGCUUGAAUCGCAAACCGAAGAGACUCAUUGAGGACAGUCUUGAGCGAGUCUUGGAGGUUAUCAAAGCUGAUAUGGGUGAAGAUGAUGAGGAUUCCGUGGAGGGGGACUUUGAGGGACUCGAGGAGCCUGCUGCUACGGAACCCAAUGGAAUGAACCAAAGCGUCGUCGGCUCGUGGGCAACAACGAAGGCCAAAAAGACCGAAGCCGCUAGCACCCCGGCACCCAGCUCCUCCAAGAGAAGAACGCAUGGCGGAGAAUCUGUGUCCAAGCGACGCAAAGCUGAGCCUGCAGAUCGUUCGCCACCAACACAUGUCAGUCUCGCCGAUUUGGGUGGAUUGGAUGAUGUUGUUCAGGAACUUGGGGACUUGAUUAUUCUACCCAUGACCCGGCCGCAGGUCUAUCUAUCAUCAAACGUGCAGCCCCCGCGCGGAGUAUUGCUACAUGGUCCGCCAGGUUGCGGUAAGACGUUGAUUGCGAACGCUUUCGCAGCGGAACUGGGUGUGCCCUUCAUCUCAAUCUCUGCGCCUUCGGUUGUAUCAGGAAUGUCGGGAGAGUCCGAGAAAGCCCUGCGCGAGUACUUUGAAGAGGCCAAGCGUCUUGCUCCUUGUCUCAUUUUCAUCGACGAGAUCGAUGCGAUUACGCCGAAGCGCGAGAGCGCUCAGAGGGAGAUGGAAAAGCGAAUCGUCGCGCAGCUACUGACCUGCAUGGACGAUAUUGCCCUCGACAAGACAGAUGGAAAACCCGUUAUCGUACUCGCGGCAACCAACCGCCCAGACAGCCUCGACGCCGCUCUGCGUCGUGGUGGUCGUUUCGACAAGGAAAUCAACAUGACCGUGCCCUCAGAGCCAGUCAGAGAACAGAUCCUACGCGCACUCACCCGCAAAAUGCGUUUGGCAGACGAUAUCGACCUCAAGACGCUAGCUAAACGCACCCCCGGCUUCGUGGGCGCCGAUCUCAACGAUCUCGUCUCGACCGCCGGCUCAGCUGCCAUCAAGCGGUAUCUCCAGAUCCUCAAGUCGAACAGCGGCGAAGAAAUGGAGAUGGAAAUCGAAGGCGAAGACGAUAUCAGCCCGCGAGUCCGCGAACUUCGCCGCCUUAUUAUCCACGCUAAAGAAACCCCCAUCGGCGAUGAAACAGAAGUCGUCCUCGUCUCCAACGCGGACUUCUUCACAGCUCUCCCCAAGAUCCAACCCUCCUCUAAGCGCGAGGGCUUCGCCACAAUCCCCGAUACAACCUGGGCCGACAUCGGUGCCCUUGGCGGCAUCCGCGAGGAGCUUGUCACCGCCAUCGUCGAGCCAAUCAAAAACCCCGAUAUCUACGCCAAAGUCGGCAUCACCGCGCCGACGGGCGUCCUCCUCUGGGGACCACCCGGUUGCGGUAAAACGCUCCUCGCAAAGGCUGUCGCCAAUGAAUCCCGCGCGAACUUCAUCAGUGUCAAGGGCCCCGAACUGCUCAACAAGUUUGUCGGUGAGUCUGAGCGCGCUGUUCGCCAGGUCUUUGUCCGCGCCCGCUCCUCAGUGCCCUGUGUUAUUUUCUUCGAUGAGCUCGACGCCCUUGUGCCUCGCCGUGAUGAUACGCUCUCUGAGGCCUCCGCCCGUGUUGUCAACACACUCCUCACGGAGCUUGAUGGCCUCGGCAGUAGUCGCCAGGGUAUCUACGUCAUCGCUGCGACUAAUCGGCCUGAUAUUAUUGAUCCUGCUAUGCUGCGUCCGGGUCGUCUUGAGACCCUUCUCUUUGUGAACCUGCCCACGCCACUCGAGCGUGUCGAGAUCUUGCAGACUCUUCUCCGGAAAGUGUCUAUUGAGUUUAGUGAGGAUCUGCGCAAACUCGCCGAGGAGUGUGAGGGCUUCAGUGGUGCUGAUUUGGGCAGUUUGUUGCGUCGUGCUGGUUACUCUGCUAUCAAGCGUCGCGAUAGUAUCAAGUUCGUUGACUUUGUUGCUGCUAAGUCAUUUGUUCGGCCUAGUGUUACGGACUUGAGGAAGUAUGAGAAGCUCAGGAGGGAUUGGAGUGGUGGUGUGGUUUGA